UAUUAUCUGCUUUUUUUAUAGACUGCAAGAUCUAAUUAUUAUAGUAUGAAUCCCGUUUAUUUCUAUAUUUGAUAAACAUAAUCAUUCAACAUGUUUUCUGGAUUAUUUGGGAAAAAGAAGAAAAAAAAUUUGCCUAAUAAUGGUCGGACUGAAAAUGCUUAUGAACAAACUAACAGUAACCACACCGAACAACCUCCAGAACCUAAACAAAAGCUUGUAUUCCAUACUCAGCUAGCUCAUGGAAGCCCAACCGGCAGGAUCGAAGGUUUCGCAAAUGUUCGAGAAUUAUAUGCGAGAAUUGCCACUUCAUUAUCUGUUCCAAAAGAAGAGAUAUUAUUUUGUACCCUCAAUAGUCAUAAAUGUGACAUGACGAAGUUAUUAGGAGGACAAAUUGGUUUGGAAGACUUCAUAUUUGCUCAUGUUAAAGGUCAAAAGAAAUCAGUUCAACUAACCAAAUCUGAAGCUUCACUUGGAUUAACAAUCACUGAUAAUGGUGCUGGUUAUGCUUUUAUUAAAAGAAUAAAGGAAGAAACCAUUGCUGACUCCUGUAGGACAUUAUGUGUUGGAGAUCAUAUUGAAGCGAUCGAUGAUAAAUCUUUGAUCGGUUGUCGGCAUUUUGAAGUUGCUAAAGCAUUAAAAGAUAUUCCACUUGGUGCAACAUUGACAAUGACUCUUGUUGAACCAAGAAAAGCAUUUGACAUGAUAGCUCAACGAAAAGCACCUCAGUCAACAGCAAAUAGCAAUAACGUAGGAACAGGAAAAGCUACUCUCAGAUUAAGAUCAAAAGGACCAGCUACUGUGCAAGCAAUUCCAACAGAAUCAGAAGAUAAAGCUGUUGGAAAGAUUGAUGAUUGCUUGGAAAGUUUUAUGGGAAUAAGAGAUACAGAGCUUGCAAGUACAAUAUACGAGGCUGGGAAGACAUGUUCGAAUCCCGAUCAAUUUGUUGCUUCAUUGGAAUCUCAACUUGGAGAAUUUGGAUUUCCUGAAAAUUUUAUCUUUGAUGUGUGGGGUGUUUUGAGUGAUGCAAAGAGAGGAACAUUUUGAGUAAAUAUAUCUUUGGUGGGCACAUAUUGUUCGUCUCUUUCUCUGGUUUUUGUGAGUUCUGUUUAAUCGUAGCGAAGCGUCCAGCUCAAUUAUAUUUGUGCUUGGACAUUUUUGAUUUUUUUUGGUUUGGUACAUUAUAAUUUUAUUGUUAAGUUAAAUUAACUUUUUCUGGUUGUUAUGGUAGUUGCGACACACCAUUAAAUGCAUUGAAUUUGAUUUGAAAAUUCUAAUAUUGCUUUAAGUAAAUUGCAAAAUUUGGGUGGACUACAUCAACAAAAUAUAGAUGUUGAACACCUACAGCUUGGUCGGGUGAUGCGAAAGGCUUGCGAAUUAGUUUCAACCUGUUUUUUUAUCAAAGUCUUUUAUAACAUAAAAAUAGUAUUUUUUUCAUUCGGUGCCUUUUUUUUACUUACUAUAUACUGGUAGUUAGUUUUGAAUUGACUAGUGUUUCACCAGAGCACCAUGUUAAAAAUAAUGUGAAUAAACGCAAAUUUGUUAGUAUUAAAUUAUGCUAAACUGAAUCUGUUCUUUUGUUUCAAAAUUUGGACAGGUGUAACUCCAUAAUUCUUCAUACUUUUUUCUCAGUUGCCUCACUAUUCUUGUUGAGCAACUCCCUUGAAUCGAACUAUUUUUGAAAUUUUAUAUGAUAAUUUUCAAAUUUCUUCGUUUAUAAUUAAGUUUCUGUGAUUAAUUAUUGUCUUUUUUCUCUCCAGUACAUUUUGAGAAAUCAGCAAAAAUGAUUUUUCCUAAUAUACAGCUGAUAAUGUUUUCCUUUUCUUAUUAUUUCUGUUUUAUUUAUUUUUUGAAAUCAAUUUUUAUCGUAAUACCAUGUUCCAAACAAAGUAGUGUGGACCCUUUAAAUUUGGUCAUAAUGAUCCUUGAUGAUGAUUUUCGAUCAGGUUGAAAUAGGACUUUUUAUUCAUUACAUUAUGCUUUUAACUUGCUAAAAAAAAUUUAUUGAACUGAACUUGUUUAUUGUUAAACUAAUUUCAUUUGAACUUUCGAUUCUUUCAAUUUUUCUCAAACUAGAUGAUUUUAAUCUGAAUUAUAAUGUGGGUUUUGCUUGGUUUUUCAACUCGUGGCGUGUAUGCAAAAAGUUUUUUCAUUGAAUUCGAGAACUUACAUCUAUAUGUGGGCCACUAUAUUAUAAGAACAUUGUGCUUUCUUGGAUUAUUUUGAAUGUUUUAUGAUUAACAUUCUACUUUCUCAAUUAACAUGGUACUGGUAUCAUCAUUUCAUGAAUUAAUAUUCUCACUGUACUGUAUUUUAGAAAUAUUUAUAUUCACUAAAUAUUUUAUUAUAUGGCAAUUACUUAAUAACGAUUCAUGUUCGUACUUCUGUAAAAUUCACUUAGCUUUUGAUUUUAUUGUAAUUCUUUAUUCAUUUUUAUCAUUACAACUGUCAUAAUUGUUAUACUGUUGUCGGUAAACCCGUAGUGUGUGUACCAAGUUAAGGUUAGGCCAUAAUUUUAUUCCGAUUUCCCUUAUUUUAGUUCUAUUACGAGUUCGGGGACUGUCUGUGUUAGCCAAGCGAAUACACCCCCUGCCCAUAGGUUUCAGUCUCUUUACACAACUUGAUGUAAAGUAGGCGAAUAAAAUUAGUUACCUCCAUAUUGGUACACACACUUCUGGGGAGCGCCCUUUUGUCUAUAUAUUUACAGCAAUUGACAAUCAACUAAUUCUCCGCCAAAUACAGUGAGCCCCAUUUUCAUAUUCUUGUGUACUCCAAUGUACCGUAAUCACCUUUUUAUCAAUUUUUUAGUAUUAAAUUAAAACUUGCACUUUAGAAUCACAUCGUAUGUACCGGUAUAUGGCGACCAAAUAGUCCUCUAUGGCGGAAACCAUUCGAAUGGCAAUUGGGACACUAUAUCCAUCCAAGUUUCUAAUGAAAGCGAACUUACCCAUAAAUCGAAAGUUUAUUGAAAUUAUAAAUUCAAAUUUUUAUUCAAAUACCAGAAUGAUAUUAUGUUCAUAAGAUGCUAGUGGGAUUAACUGUUCACACACAUUCUUUAAACUCCUUGGCAACUUUUAAUUUGAGAUAAUUUGCCACAAACAAUUUCCUUACCUAGUCCACACAUAAUUUACUCUUUUCAUAUCAUCCGUAUGGUACUACAUAAUGAGUCUUGCAAUGCCAUGUAAUUUUAGUGCAAUCCAAUUGAAACGUACUCAAUGAUUAUUCAUAUCUAUCUGUCCAACUUAUUUUUCAAAGUACUUUUAUGUAAUAUCAUCUGCUUUUAUUGCUAUUUUUUCAUCAUGAUUGCUAAUGAAUUUAGAAAUUUUUUUGCUUUGCGCUUGAGGUGGUUUUUAGCUGCUUAACUUUUGGUAAACAUGCUUUGAUUUGUGACCAAAACAACAUUGCAAUUGUGGAAUACUGCUUUAAAUUAUCAAUUCUUUGUGACGUUUUGAAAUGGUUUUAGCAUUGUGGCUUUAGCGUAAACAAAUGUGCUUUAUGAUAUCAUACUUGUUUUAAUAAUGGUGCAUUCAUAUCAUGUUAUAAUUCCAAUUCUCUCAUACAAGUGAAUGCAAUCCAAUUUAUUGUGUAUGCAAUAUCUUUGAGAUGGCGCAAUGGUACUUUUUUGAAUCAUUUCUACAUAAGAAGCUAAUAAUCAUUAAAUAUUCUAUUCAUGCAAAUAA